UUCUGUGGUUCCAAAUUAAUGGAUUUUCUUUAUAUUUUAAUUUUUAUUUUCCCUUGUUACAAGGACGAGAUCGAUACAAAGAAAACAUUGGAGUAAGGGAAGAUGUGAAUCUGGAGAAGAAAAGAUGCAGGGACUCCUUGCUUUCGGUUUCAGGGGCUCUCCCUGCUUUCUUCACAAAUGCCAUAAUUCUUGUUCGUAUCCAAAACGUUUUGUGUCUACACCUCUUUGCAGCUUGAGAGACCAAACCAGAUCAACUCUAAGAAACACUUGGCCAUCCGUUGGUCUCUCGCUUCUCUGUUCUGGGUUCUUUUUAGGUCCCCUCAUCGAUGGACUUCAUUCAAGGGUCAAUCUUGUGGUCUAUCAAAAUGGGUCUAUCAACAUCGGUCCUCUCCACUCAAACAUUUGGGUUCCUCCCUUACUUGGGUUAUUUUAUUGCACUGUUGGGUUGCUGCAACUCUUCUUGGAUGAAAGAGCUUCUUCAAAGGUUCCAGAAGGAAGUCUGCAGAAGGUAUCUUUUACUUUACUAGCACUUGUGUUAUUCAUAGAAUUGAGCGCCGAAAUGUAUAAAGCUGGAAUAGCAGACAACAUUGAGGCCUACGUCUUAUUUGCAGCAGCAGAAAUCAUAUGGUUGUCCUUGGACAGAACGUGGCUUGGCUUCACACUGGCAUCCAUUGUAGGCCUUGGCUGUCCAUUGGCUGAAAUUCCCAUUAUGAAGUUCUUUCACCUUUGGUAUUAUCCACAAGCGAACAUUGAGAUCCUUGGUCAGGGGUUAGUCACUUGGACGAUCACUUGCUACUUCGUUUAUACUCCAUUCCUGAUCAGUUUAGCACGCUGGCUGAGAUCAGCUAUAGAAGCUGCUGACAAGUCUGCCUAGGAAAUAUGUUUGGAAUUGCGACUCUUUCAGCUUCAGGAAAGAGAAUUAGAACUCUCAGGUUCAGGAGAGAGAAUUAUGCGGGACAACCCUCUUCGGAGUAAAGAGAGCCUGUACUCUCUAAUGUACUGAAUGUCUGAUUCUUGAACAAAUAUGAAGAAUUUCAAACCACUUUGAAUUUAUACUAAUCCCUUAUCUGUAA